CGGCGGCCAGACUUCCCUGGGAAGGGGCGAGCGAGAGCUGGGCCAGGCCGGGCCGCGGGGCCGGGGAGGGCCGAGCCGGGCACUUCCGCACCAGGCAGCGACCGAGGAGCCCGGCCGCCCACCCCGUGCCGCCCGAGCCCACAGCCGCCCGCCGGCCCCUCUGGGAUGUCCGCGGGACCCGGGCAUUCAGGACGGUAGCCGAGCGAGCCCGAGGAUGGGACGACACCCGCAGCUCCGGCUCGUUAAGGCCCUUCUCCUUCUGGGGCUGAACCCCAUCUCUGCCUCCCUCCAGGACCAGCACUGCGAGAGCCUGUCCCUGGCCAGCAACAUCUCAGGACUGCAGUGCAACGCAUCCGUGGACCUCAUUGGCACCUGCUGGCCCCGCAGCCCCGCAGGGCAGCUAGUUGUUCGGCCCUGCCCUGCCUUUUUCUAUGGUGUCCGCUACAACACCACAAACAAUGGCUACCGGGAGUGCCUGGCCAAUGGCAGCUGGGCCGCCCGCGUGAAUUACUCCGAGUGCCAGGAGAUCCUCAAUGAGGAGAAAAAAAGCAAGGUGCACUACCAUGUCGCAGUCAUCAUCAACUACCUGGGCCACUGUAUCUCCCUGGUGGCCCUCCUGGUGGCCUUUGUCCUCUUUCUACGGCUCAGGAGCAUCCGGUGCCUGCGAAACAUCAUCCACUGGAACCUCAUCUCCGCCUUCAUCCUGCGCAAUGCCACCUGGUUCGUGGUUCAGCUAACCAUGAGCCCUGAGGUCCACCAGAGCAACGUGGGCUGGUGCAGGUUGGUGACCGCCGCCUACAACUACUUCCAUGUGACCAACUUCUUCUGGAUGUUUGGUGAGGGCUGCUACCUGCACACAGCCAUUGUGCUCACCUACUCCACCGACCGGCUGCGCAAGUGGAUGUUUAUCUGCAUCGGCUGGGGUGUGCCCUUCCCCAUCAUUGUGGCCUGGGCCAUUGGAAAGCUGUACUACGACAAUGAGAAGUGCUGGUUUGGCAAAAGGCCUGGGGUGUACACCGACUACAUCUACCAGGGCCCCAUGAUCCUGGUCCUGCUGAUCAAUUUCAUCUUCCUUUUCAAUAUUGUCCGCAUCCUCAUGACCAAGCUCCGGGCAUCUACCACAUCUGAGACCAUUCAGUACAGGAAGGCUGUGAAAGCCACUCUGGUGCUGCUGCCCCUCCUGGGCAUCACCUACAUGCUGUUCUUCGUCAAUCCCGGGGAGGAUGAGGUCUCCCGGGUCGUCUUCAUCUACUUCAACUCCUUCCUGGAAUCCUUCCAGGGCUUCUUUGUGUCUGUGUUCUACUGUUUCCUCAACAGUGAGGUCCGCUCUGCCAUCCGGAAGAGAUGGCACCGGUGGCAGGACAAGCACUCGAUCCGUGCCCGAGUGGCCCGCGCCAUGUCCAUCCCAACCUCCCCCACCCGUGUCAGCUUUCACAGCAUCAAGCAGUCCACAGCAGUCUGAGCUGGCAGGUCAUGGAGCAGCCCCCAAAGAGCUGUGGCUGGGGGGAUGAUGGCCAGGCUCCCUGAUCACCCUGCCUGUGGAGGUGACCUAUUAGGUCUCAUGCCCAGUCCCCCAGGAGCAGCUGGCACUGACAGCCUAGGGGGCCACUCUCCCCCUGCAGCUGUGCAGGACUCUAGCUCAUGAGUGGAAAGUCAUCUACAGGACUGGGCCAGUCCUGGGGCCUCUGGCUUCCCUGCCCAAUCCUCCCUGGAGAAGGGACGUGGGAAUGAAUGGAAAUGGGCUGCUGGACACCCACAGCAGCACGCGCGUCCCUCCAAGGCUGUCUUCUCCCAGAGCACAAGAAGUCCAGCCCACUGGGACCUGGGGCUGCCCUCGGCAACUGUGGGGAGGCCGUUUGCUGCCCCAGGGCAUCAUGGGCAACUCGUGACAGCCUCUGACUCACCACGAUGACGCCUCUGGACCUCGGUGAUGCCUUCUGACACCACUGGGAACCAAGGGCCCUCGCUCAGGAACCCUGGAGACAGAAGUCAGGUGUCAUCGUCAGAUGUGUGGCCACAGCACUAGGGUCACCCCCCAGGCCUCCAGAACCUCAUUGACACUGUGGCACUGCCACCAGCAAUGCCCUGCCUCGCUGCCUUCAUCCUGAACAUUUACUACCCUGCAGGCCAGGCCAGUACCCUCAUCCCACACCAGUCACCUCCUGCCCCUUUUCCUCUUUUGUGAGAAGAGGGGGCUGGAGGGGGCAGAGUGGCCUGUGAGCAAGAGCCAGGAGUGUCCCAGCCCCGGCCUCUGGGGCAGAGCUUGUAGCCCCGGAUGGCCUCUGGGGCAGGACCACUAGCUAAACAAGCCAGGAGAAGGCUCCUGCCCAAGUGGCUCUUGGGACAACAUGCUGCUUACACUCUAGGUGUGGACUGGCUACAGCCCCCACUGACCUGCCCAUGUCCAGAGGGACUGGACAGCCAGAGCAGGGCUUUGGGGGGCACUAGAAGAUGAGGGUAUUGGCUGUGAAGCGGGUGGCUGGUAUAAAUAAUAAUAUUUAUCUUUUCAACCAGCA